AGCACUUUAUGUCUCAUUCGUAAACAUUGUGUUAUGCUUUGGAUUUCAUUUUUAUUGGCGAUUUUGUUUUGACCAUCUUAUUCAAAACUUUUACUCUUUUUAAUCAGUUGCAAAUUUGCGCGCUUUGGGAUCAAACGAAAUUAGUUUUAAAUUUUUAUUCACUGCAAAUGUUGUAACAAAAAUAAGCUUCAUUUUUUUUAUUUCGCGCCAAAACUAAUUGACUUUGCCUGUUGUUGUAUAUAAAUUAUUAACCUGUUGUCUAUUACCUCUGACUCAGAACAUUGUGAAAUUCCCAUCCACCAUGAGUGAGAAGUCAACUCUAAUCCAUUGGUUUCGAAAAGGUCUACGCACCCAUGACAAUCCCGCAUUGUUCAAAAUAUUUGAAAAAUCCCAUGCAGAUCCACAAAAAUAUUGCAUUCGUCCCAUAUUUAUAUUGGACCCAUCGCUGCUACAAUGGUUGCGGGUUGGCGCCAAUCGCUGGAGAUUUUUGCAACGAAGUCUUGAUGAUUUAAACAAACAAUUGAUGGCCUUAAAUAGUCGCCUCUAUGUGGUUAGAGGUAAUCCCAACAAUGUCUUUCCACGACUCUUCAAGGAAUGGCAAACCGAAUUGCUAACAUUCGAGGAAGAUAUUGAACCAUUUGCCCUAAAACGAGAUGCUGAAAUUAAAACAAUGGCCCGCGAACACAAGGUGGAGGUGGAAACAUUUUGGUCGCACACUGUGUUUAAUCCUUACACUGUAAUGCAGAAAAAUAUGGGCAAGGCUCCGUUGACAUAUCAGAAAUUUCUGGGUAUAAUUGAGAAAAUGAAAGCACCAGAGCCUUUGGAAAGGCCUGAGAAGUUGAAGCGAAAUAAUGUUUGCAAAGAUGGCUGGGAAGUGGAAGAUGAGAAAUGUUACGAUGUGCCUUUGUUGGCGGAUUUGGUCAAGAAUAUGGAUGAGCUAGGAGAGGAAAAGUUUCCGGGAGGUGAAACCGAGGCCUUAAAGCGUUUGGAGGCCAGCCUUUCAAAUGUUGGCUGGGUAACGGCCUUUGAAAAGCCCAACACUGCCCCAAACUCCUUGGAACCCUCAACAACAGUCCUGAGUCCUUACUUAAAGUUUGGUUGCCUUAGCUCAAGACUGUUCCACAAGAAGCUCUCUGCAAUCUUGAAGGCAAAUGCAAAACACUCAAAACCUCCAGUGUCCUUAAUGGGCCAGUUGUAUUGGCGUGAAUUUUAUUAUACAGCUGCUACGGGAGAACCCAAUUUUGAUCGCAUGAUUGGUAACAGUGUCUGCAUGCAAAUUCCAUGGCAAACCAAUGAUGCCCAUUUGGAGGCUUGGACUUAUGGGCGAACAGGUUAUCCAUUCAUCGAUGCCAUUAUGCGUCAAUUGCGACAAGAAGGUUGGAUACACCAUUUGGCUCGACAUGCUGUCGCUUGCUUUUUGACUCGCGGUGAUCUAUGGAUAUCAUGGGAGGAGGGCCAAAAGGUAUUCGAAGAGCUGUUAUUAGAUCAAGAUUGGGCCCUCAAUGCCGGCAAUUGGAUGUGGCUAUCGGCUUCGGCAUUCUUCUAUCAAUACUUUCGUGUCUAUAGCCCAGUGGCAUUUGGUAAAAAGACCGAUCCGACGGGUGCCUAUAUACGCAAAUAUGUACCUGAAUUGGCGAAAUAUCCAGCUGGGGCUAUUUAUGAACCCUGGAAGGUUGCGUUGGGGGAUCAGCGAAAAUAUGGUUGUGUCAUUGGUACAGAUUAUCCUCAUCGGAUUGUAAAUCAUGAUAUUGUCCAUAAAGAGAAUAUAAAACGUAUGUCGGCGGCAUAUAAAGUUAAUCGUGAAGUAAAGACGGGAAAAGAAGAUCAAGAAGAUGGUGGUGGGGGCAAGAAGAGAAAACGCGAUACUUCAGCUGGCGGCGGCAACGGUCCCAGUGGCUCGAAAGCAAAGAAAAAGAAGAAAUAGUUGGCAAAAUUUUCAAGUAUUACAAAAUUACAAAAUUUCAAAAUUUCGAUAUCAAAUACAGUAGAAUGUCCGGAAUACUCGCAGUUCAAGCUCAAGAAGAUGGUGGUGGGGGCAAGAAGAGAAAUAUUGAUACGACCGCUGGCGGCGGUGACAGUGGCUCGAAGGCAAAGAUAAAGAAGAAAUAGUUGGCAAGAUUUUCAAGUAUUACAAGUUUAAAAAUUUCAAUAUCAAAUGCAGUAGAAUGCCCGGAAUACUCGCAGUUCGCAAUUGAACAGGGCCAUAGGAUAUUUUAAAUUAAAAUUAAGGAUAACAUUGGAUUUAAGAAUUUUCGAAUCAUAGAGGUAAGCGUUAUAAAUUCUACUGUAUGAUUUCUUCAUUUGACCCCAUGCCAAUUCAGUAUUCAAUUAUAAAAUUUUUGACCUUAAAUUAUUGUUCAAAAAUAUUUCAAAUCGUAUUUCCGAUAAAAAAUACUAUCCGUGGUAUAAUUAGAGGCUUGAUGAGCCAACGAAUUUAGGAGAAACAUUUAAAAUUUACCUUAAAACAAAAAUCUCGAGUUAUACUUAAAGUCUGCCGAACAGGACUAAAAGGAUUAUUUUAUAAGAAAUUACUGUAUUUAUCUUUUAUAUUGUUGAAUGUUUUACAAAUUGUUAUUACAUUUUAAUUUUAUGUGAAGGGGAAGCUAAAAACAAUAAAAUAAUAAUUUGCACAGCGAAUAA